AUGAGCCCACUCGAGGGUGCCCUCCCCCAGGACGCACAAGAACUUCCAACAAAGCACGAAGAACAUGAGGGUGCCCUCCCCGAACCGACCUCGAUCUCAUACCUCGGUCCGGCCGUGACCAGCCUGGCAAGGCGCGGCAGCACCACCGCCGCCCCGGGAGAACGACAGCUGCCCUCUCGGCGGCUGCCCGGCGUGGGCCGCCCUGCCGAGGCUGCCGCGCUGCGCAAACUGCGCUCGCGGCUGCCCUGCCGGGGCUGCCAGAAGGCAGGGCAGCACCUAUGGAUUUGCAGCGUCGCGCUCCCUCCCCCGCCAGCCGGCCCACCCUCAAAAACAGCGCGCAGAGCAUCGGCGCAAGAGAAGCGCCGCAGACUCAACUGCCUGCGGCAGAGUCGGGCCUCGUAG